CGCCUUGACUAUUGCAACUCCUCUCUCCUUACCAACCACUCAGUGUCCGCCACCCCUCUCUGCCAAUCCCUCCACUGGCCUCCAUUCAGUGUCCUCCAUCCCUCCCGUCCAAUCCCUCCACUGGCCUCCAUUCAGUGUCCUCCACCCCUUUCUACUAAUUCCUCCACUGGACUUCAUUCAGGGUAUAUCCGCUCACCCCAGACCCCACAUUCACUAUAUCCGCUCUCCCCGACCCCGCAUUCACUAUAUCCGCUCUCCCCGGACCCCGCAUUCACUAUAUCCGCUCUCCCAGGACCCCGCAUUCACUAUAUCCGCUCUCCCCGACCCCGCAUUCACUAUAUCCGCUCUCCCCGGACCCCGCAUUCACUAUAUCCGCUCUCCCCGGACCCCGCAUUCACUAUAUCCGCUUUACCUGGACCCGCAUUCACUAUAUCCGCUCUCCCCGGACCCCGCAUUCACUAUAUCCGCUCUCCCCGGACCCCGCAUUCACUAUAUCCACUCUCCCCGGACCCCGCAUUAACUAUAUCCGCUCUCCCAGGACCCCGCAUUCACUAUAUCCGCUCUCCCCGGACCCCGCAUUCACUAUAU